AUACGUUUGAGAACAACAUAUGCCUGCGUAUGGUCUCGCGAGGUGGUGGAUUUGGUGUCUGUGUUAUAUUAAAAAUAAUAAUAAUUGUUUCGAACAAAGUUCUCGUCGACGUCAAUUUGCGCUUCUGAUUAAAAUAUACGAGUUACGUUGUGCCUGUCAAAUGCGCCAUAUCGGAUCUAUAUGAAUUUCUAAAAGACUGUACCGAGAAGACGUGCUAUUGUUAACACAGAAAUUAUGUCCGCCAACAUGUUGACAGAGUCGAAGAUAAUUAUGGACCCUACCGAGUCCAGUGAUACACUGCCAGUUAGUUUUAUUACCACAGACGACGGUCACAUGCUCUUUGCAGUGAGCGAACGUGAGGAUGAUACACUAGAAAUCAUGACAGCUCCUAUCACAGUAAUACCACAAAGAAACAGUAUAGUAUCUUCGCUGAUAAAGACUGUGGAUGGAAAUUUUAUUUUACAAUCUCCUAUUUUUCAACUGAAUGUGGAAGGUGUACCUGAGGUGCAACAAACAAAUCUCUUGCCGGCGAUGCAACAAAUCGAAAAUGUAUCUCAGGUCGAACAAUUGAAACUAGUGCAGAAUGCAAAUGAACACAGUGAUCUGUCGUUGUUGUGUGACAGAGAUGUUAAUGAUGCGUUGUCAGAUAAGGAAGAACAGACAAAAAACGAUAAUCAAGUCAAAGAUAAUUCUAUACAUGUGGAUGUAUCCAGACAGGAUGUUCACAGGAGAUCUCCUGGCAGACCGAAAAAGAUUGGGGACAUGCCAUCGCUGAGGUGCGAUAUAUGCGGACAAGAAUUUACCAAACAGUUAUUGUAUCGCAGACAUAUGGAGAAUCACGCGGCGGAAAAACCCCACAGGUGUCCAAAAUGUCCGGCAUCGUUCAAUAUCCCGUUGAAUUUCACGCUUCACAUGGCAACGCAUAAUACCGGCGAGCCGAAGUGUCCCGAGUGCGGCAGGAAAUACGCCAGAAUGGCGAGUCUCAAGUCUCACAUGUUGUUGCACGAAAAGGAGGAGAAUCUCUUCUGUGCCGAGUGCGAGGACGGAUUUUCGACAAAGGCCCAGUUGGACGCGCACUUGAAACUGCACGAGGAAAAAGGGGCAAAUGAGGAAGGAGGCGUGCGAAAGUGUAAAUUGUGCAACAAACAAUUCGUGCAACCCGCGCUGUACCGAUUACACAUUCGGGAGCAUUAUAGGCUACAGACAAAGAUAGCAAAGCAAACCAAGAAAGGGAUGAAACACAAGACAGUGUACAAGUGUACGAUAUGCUUGAAAUUCUUUCAAAAACCGAGCCAGCUGAUGCGACAUAUCAGGGUGCAUACCGGAGAAAAACCCUUCAAGUGUGUGAUCUGCAACAGGGCGUUCACGCAAAAGAGUUCGCUGCAAAUCCAUAUGUGGCAGCACAAUGGCAUUCGACCGCACAGCUGCAAUCUCUGCACUGCAAAAUUUAGUCAAAAAGGAAAUUUGAAGGCACAUGUACUUAGGGUGCACAGUGCUCCGGAGGGUGAACCUUCGUACGCUUGUCCUUAUUGCGCUUGCAUUUUCAAGAAGCUGGGUAGUUUGAACGGGCACAUCAAACGAGUGCAUUCUAACGUCUCGGAAGAAUCCGCGGCUAAGAAAUCCGCGGAAACUAAUAUCACAUCGGAAGCCGACAUGCGCGCGACGGUCGACAGCGUGAUAUCGCAACUGGCGUCGUUGGAAUCCACCGUGAAUAACACCGCGGAUUCUACUAAGACGACUGUGUUAAAUGCGGAACAAAACGACAUUCUGCACCAAGCGUUGAAAAACAGCGAUCUGUCAAAUGAAACCAAGGUCACGUCCAAAGAAACCGCGGAAUCGAAAAAGACGGAGUCAACGACAUACGUCACGAUAUUGGAUAAAACUGCAAACGGCACUUCAAGAAAUUUUACCAUAAAGCAACAUUACAUAGGAAACGUACGUUGGUACACGUGUCUGUACUGCCCGAAGGAGUUUAAAAAACCAUCGGAUUUAAUACGUCAUCUGCGUGUCCACACGCAGGAGAAACCCUUCAAGUGUAUGUACUGCGUGCGAUCCUUCGCGUUGAAAUCGACGAUGAUAGCGCACGAGCGAACUCACAGCGGAUUGAAGAAGUACGCUUGCAAUUCUUGCAACAAAAGCUUCGCGUGCCACAACACUCUUACUGCUCAUAUGAGAUUGCACACGAAACCACAUAAAUGUAACGUAUGCGACAUGUCGUUCAGUUCGAGCAACGUUUUGAAGAAUCAUGUCAAGAGUCACGCGCGAGAGAAGUCAAAGAUAUCGCCUGAAACGGAGAGUUUAAUGCCGCAGGUGGUGUUGCAGGAGCCGCUCGUUAUCAGUGACGCUGAUAAUAAAAUUAGCGUGGCGCAAGUGCAAUCGAAACAGAAACAAAUGUACGAGAGCGUCGGCGUGGCCAGACCGCACGAAUGUUCCGUCUGCCACGCGGCAUUUCGCAAAGUCAGUCACUUGAAGCAACAUUUUCGCAGGCAUACGGGCGAGCGGCCCUACAAGUGCAACAAAUGCGACAGGAGAUUCUCGUCCAACAGUGUUCUCAAAUCUCAUCUGCACACUCACGAAGCUGCGAGACCGUACAGCUGUUCGGUAUGCAACACAAAAUUCUCGACGCAGAGCAGCAUGAAGAGGCAUUUGGUCACGCAUAGCAAUAAAAGACCGUUUAUGUGUCCCUAUUGUCACAAGACGUUCAAGACGUACGUUAAUUGUCGGAAGCAUAUGAAAAUACACAAACACGAGUUGGCACAGCAGCAAUUGGAGGUGCAAAAGACGCAGGAGAAGCAAUCUCCAGUCGAGGACAAAGCUACUUCUUCAACAUUACCAGAAACCAUUACCCUUCCUGAAAACAUGGAAGUGUCGUUUCAACAACAAAUAGCCUCGGACUUCACGCAUGCUUUUUCUGACCAGUUUCAGAACAUCAGCACGGAUAAAGAGAAAACCUUCUUGCUAACGGAUACUAUAACAUCGACUCAAAAUUUAUCCGUUGAGACGACUAAUUUGGGCUCAUCGCAAACCUUACACGCCGACGAAACCGGCACCAUUACGUUACCUCAGUAUCCAGGGGAUCAAACUUUAACGCCGGAAAACAUACGAGAGAUCGAGGAAACUUUGAAUCAACAAUUGUUUAGUAUCGGGAUGAAUCUCGGGGUGGGAGCGAACAAUCUGUCGAGACAGAUUGACGAGGCGAAUAUAAGCACUCUCGACGGUGUCAAAGAACAGCCGGUGUUGAACAUAAUAUACGAUCACAACAAGACUCUGGACGCAUCGGGCAACGCCAUUUUCACGCCGCAAUUCGACACGUUCGACAUUGGUCAAAUUACGUUGCAGACGAAUAACGAGAUGGAUAUCGGAUUGAAUCCGAGCAACUCCGCGCCAACCAUGUCCGACGUUUCGCCCAAAUCUGCAAAUGGGAGCAACGGUCAGCAGGAGGAACGAGAAGCCGCUUCGGUCACCACCGCGGUCAGCAACAUAGACGCUUCCCAAGUGAUAAAGAACGCUCAUCUCAUGCUGAUAAAUCCCAAGGAAAAUUGUUCGGAAUUGAUAAAACUGUCGCACGUGCCUUCACAAAAAUAUUCGAAACCCGCGAAAAUGGACACCGAAAUAGAGAUGCAAGUCAUCAGCGAAGAAGCGCCACAGAAAACUAACGCUGUUUCGUGCGAAAACGAAAGAAGCCCCUCGUCCCUGUUCAUAGAGAACUUUCAAAGUACAAUACAGUCGGACAUGCUCAUCUCCUCUGAUAUGGAUAAUCUGACCAAAAUGUCGGAGUGCAACACACUGUUGCAAUGUCACAUGUGCAACAAUCGAGGUUUCACCACGGAAGGAUUAAAGGAACACUUGAAAUCUCAUCGCGGAGCGAAAGAAUUCGAGUGCUCGGAAUGUUCUCAGAGAUUCUGCACGAACGGUGGCCUCAGCAGACACAUGAAGAUGCACACAAAUAAGCAACAGUGGAAAUGCACGAUCUGUCAGAAGGUGCUGGGCAGCAAGGUGCAAUUGAAGCUUCACAGCAAGAUGCAUACCGAGGGCUGGAACGUCUCGUUCGUCGAUGGUGAUAAUUCUCAGAAGGAAUUUGUUUCGUCCGCUCUUCCGUCGAUGACACUAGACGUGCGAAUAGAUCCGGAUUCGUCGGUGUCCGAGAAAGUUUUGAUGGACGCCUUCGCCGAGAAGAAAAGUAUAGACCAAGCGGAUGAAAAUGUGGAAAAGGGAGAAAAGAAGGAAUAUGUAAAUAAAUGUAAAUACUGUCCGAAAACUUUCCGCAAACCGAGCGACCUUAUCAGACACAUUCGCACGCACACGGGCGAGCGACCGUACAAGUGUACACGCUGCAGUAAGAGUUUUGCGGUCAAGUGCACUCUCGACUCGCACAUGAAAGUUCAUACUGGUAAGAAGACGUUCCGCUGCCACGUCUGCACCAGCAUGUUUGCCACGAAAGGUAGUCUGAAGGUUCACAUGCGUCUGCACACGGGCUCCAAACCGUUCAAGUGUCCCAUAUGUGACAUGCGAUUUCGCACUUCCGGUCACAAGAAGGUGCACAUGCUGAAGCACGCGAGAGAGCACAAAGGUGGCACAAAGCGCAAGCCAAAACACGUCAAGUACGCGGCUGUGGCGGAAGCAGCGGCGAGUUUUGAGAAAUUCGACAACAGUUCUCCAAAUUGUACAGCAACGGAGACGGCAACGGCAACGACGACGACAACGGCGACGACUGUGAUGAGCGAAACCGCUCCAACGCAAAAUCUGGACUACUCUUCGGUGGAGCAUACUGUGAACAAUCUCGAUACCGCGGUUCACUUGCCAGAUCAGAUUACAUUUAAUCAGCCCGAAGGAACAACACUUCUCAACAACAACUCCGUGCUAUCGGUGAACGAGAACAACGAGCUGGUGACGAAUCUGCAGUUCUUACUGGCAAACGGUUUCGUCACCAUUCAGACAGACGACGCUCUGCUGAGCGCGCAACCGGCAACAAACAGCUCAGACACCAGCGGCACCGCGGUCCCAACCAAUGUGAUCGAAUUUGUGAAUCCGAAUUCUUACCAAGAAACUUGCAAUCUGGAUGAUACGAAUCACGUGGUGAUAACUAGUCAGAUACCGGCGACGACAACUGCAAACGACGCGACCGUCAUCCAAAUGAACGAUUGCAUGUCUUCCAUUCCAAUGAUGCCGAUUGAACAGAAUCAAGACGCGAACAGCGGCGUCGCGUCCGAAACGAAGACAAACACUCAGUCGACGAAAUCCUCUAGAAAGGAAUGUGAUACGUGCGGCAAAACGUUCACGAAGCCGUACCAGUUGGAACGUCAUAAACGUAGCCACACGGGCGAGCGGCCGUACAAAUGCGAACAGUGCGGCAAGGCGUUCGCUCAGAAGUUCACGCUGCAUCUUCAUCAAAAACAUCACACCGGCGAUCGACCGUAUCCCUGCCCCCACUGCAAGCAAUGGUUCUCGCAAAAGUGCAAUCUGCAGACGCACUUGAAGCGGGUCCACAAGUUGGUUUUUUUUGACAUCAAGAAGCUGAAGAACAAUAAUCAGCAGGUAUUGGGUACGCUUCUGCAGGACAGUCAAGGAGACAACGCCAAACUGGUGAAUUUGGACGACAUACUGGUAGUAGAUUUCCCCAAAUAAAAACUAUCUUCUAAUUCUGUAAACGCGAGCAGAUUGCGCAAGAUGUAAAAUAAUGUUUUUAUUAAAAUAGUUUUGUACUACCCUCCAUAUACUCCUCUUUAUGUGAUGUAACUAAAGAUACGAGUC